AUGUUUUGCUGUCCGACAGUCCGCGCCGUGACGCCAGCUUUUUUUGCGGCAGUCCUGUGCGUAUGGGCGCUAGCAACGCCGUCAGCAGCGGGCAAGGCAGCACCCUUCAAAAAUGGCGACUUUUCUGUUCCGCUCUUCGAGCAGUUCUUCGCGCAGCCGUUCCAGGUAAGCGUAAUGACACAGUCGUAUGGCGUCUUCAACGCAACUCUGCGCAUGCACGCCUCUCUCAACUUCCCGGAGAGGGUGUUGGGUGAGCUGAUACCAAUCGGCGAUCCGAAGCUCAACAGCCAGAGGCAGACUCUACUCCCGCACUUUCAACGCGCCCGUGAUGUAGAGGAUGAAAAACUUUCCCAUCUUCCAUUUUCCAUGGCGGCCGGCCUUGGAAGCGCGAAGAGUCCACGGAAGGGCGGAGCCGACGAGAGCGGUAGCCGCGAGUUUGCUGUCACCGGAAUCAAGGAGCGUCCAUCGCUGCUCAUGGUGGACCUGCACCUACAGCACAGCGAUGCGAUGCAGGGCACGGCAAGCGUUUUCUACCUGCCGGCGGAGUUGAUGGCGCUGCGUGCGCAGCGCGAGGGCAUGAGAGAGGGUAGCAUGCCGCCGUCUGCGACGGUGGCGUUUGAAUUCCGCCCCGAAGUGGAGCAUAUGACCGGCAACCCACUCAGUGACGUGAAUGCCCUUGCACACGUCUCGCAUGCCAUUGUGACCAUGGGAGGCCAAGGCAACGCUCACAAGUCGUCCAGUGCAGUCAGCGAAGAAGUCGAUAAGGCGUCGGGGGUGACGACUGGUCAGGGUGCCAUUAUCUUCCGCUGGAUCACUGAGCACGAAUUCUCGGCUCAUAUGGUGAUCCCUAUCGCGAAUAAGGCUGGUACAACAUCGAUGCGCAUGGAGCGGGUUUGGGUCUACGGCUACACCACUCCUUCAAGGAGUGUGUUUGACCGCAAGCAGCCCGAGUUGCCAUGGUACAACACGUACAUGAUGAUCGGUGCGGGUCUCUUGGGGUUCGUUGUGCAGGUUAUCUCCGGUAUUGCAGAGGGCAAGAGGCGCGCACAGGAGGCAGCCAAGCUAGAGGCGCAGCUUCUUGGGAGAGAGUGCAGCAGCACGAAAAAGAAGUAA